AUGUUUGCUUGUAAAGAAGUGAAGUACCUAGGACAUGUCAUCACUAGUGAAGGGGUACACAUUGACCCUAAGAAGAUUACUGCUUUGCAGCAGUGGCCUAUUCCUAAGGAUAUUAAGUCCUUAAGAGGGUUUUUAGUUCUCACUGAUUAUUACAAAAAAUUUGUUACGGGGUAUGGCCAGAUUGCGGCUCCUUUAAUAGCUUUGUUGAAAAAUGAUUCAUUUUCUUGGACAGAAGAGGCUAAGUUGGCUUUCCAGCAGCUCAAGGUAGCUAUGGUUCAACCACCUGUGUUGGCUUUACCUAAUUUUGAAAAAACAUUUGUGGUGGAGUGUGAUGCUUCAAGAGGAGGGUUAGGUGCAGUCCUCAUGCAGCAUGGCAUACCUAUAGCCUUCCACAGUUAG